GCUGCUGAUGAUAAUGAUGCUGUGAAUGUUGAUGGUGUUUCUUUACAGAUGCAGUGCAGCUGUAAUUCUGUGAUGGGAUCAAUCUCCCCUUCUUACUGGAGCAGAGCGGUGGUGUUCCCGGACUGGGCCUACAAGCCGGCCUGGUCGCCCGGGUCUCGACAGGUGCAGCUGUGGCACUUCCUGCUGGAGCUGCUGGGGCACGGGCAGAGCGGGGCCAUCGGCUGGGGGGGCGAGUGGGGCGAAUUCGUUAUCCGGGACCCUGAGAGGCUGGCCCGGCUGUGGGGCGAGCGGAAGGGGAAGCCCCACAUGAACUACGACAAGCUGAGCCGAGCGCUGAGGUAUUACUACAACAAGAGGAUCCUCCAUAAGACCAAGGGCAAGAGGUUUACUUACAAGUUCAACUUCAGCAAGCUGAUUCUGGUGAACUACCCGGCCUUUCCCCCCUGUCACGUGGCCCCCCAGCUCAUCCCAUCUGAGGUAGGGGGGCACCUGUGUGGAGCAGGGAGAGAAUCAGUGCUGAACAGAGCGGCACAGUCCAUUCCACACUCUUUCCUGCUGCCAUACUGUCUUCCUAAGCCCCUCCCCUUCCCACAGACCCACACCCUUCAGGGUCAACUGCCCUAUCUCUCUGGCCCACUGCCUCCGGCGACUAGCCAAUCAGGGCUAGCGGGCCCUGUCACCACCAACCUGCCCUUCGCCCCAGCUCUGAACGGCUGGCCAACCGACACAGGGCGGAGUUUGAGCGGCUACCACACCUCUCCUCGUAUGGCCGCAGAAGAGGGGGAGGCAAAGAAAAGAGAUGGGAAGUGA